UUAAUCCAAUUCGGAACAUCUUUCGGGUGGCCGGUCAGGCAGCCAAAGGAAAAAGGGAACGACGGCACAAAACAGCUGGUCACCGACGGAACUACACGAAAAGAAGAAUGUUGCGUAUUGUUAAUACCGCAAUUCGAGGAAUUGUUGCCCAUACCAAUAUCGCUGGUUUCGCAAAUACUGUAAUUCGUAAACAGUAUCCUCUUGUUCAGUAUGCUCAACAGAAGUACUUUGGUGCACUUUCUUCUGUUGUCAACAGUUGGAAUAAUGUUGGCAGCAUUGAAUUAAAGACAAAAUUGAGUCAGGUCCAAACAGAAAAUGUCAUUCGUCCACCAAUAUUACCAGUUACAAUUCCUGUAAGAACACUUACAAAAUUUUCCUUGAAAAAAGGCAAAAGAAAAAGUGUAAAAGCUGUACUCGAUCGAUUCUACAGAUUAAAUUGGGGUAUAUGGAUCAGAACACGUGCUGGACGUCAUUCUCGUAUGUGGCUGAAAAGCGCAAAUCAGAAACGUAGACUAAGGCAACACCUUUUCUGUAACGCAUCACAAUCUGCUUUGUUGGAUAAGAUGGUGACAAGUUAUUGGAAAAGACCACAUUAUUAUCCAGAAGAUCCAUAUAAUCCAUAUCAUAAACGCGAAGAAUUUCUUUUCACAAGGAAAAAUCCACUACCUUAAAGAACUUGGUUUACCUUAUUGGCUUUGUUAACAAAAUAUAGCAGUAUCUGUAUUGGAGAAAAUAUACCAAAAUAAAAACUGUA